AUGGAUAUUGAUAUACCAUCAAUUGAUGAAAAUCAAUUAAAAGAAUUAUUUGAAUCAAUUUAUAAAGAAAAAUAUUUAUCAUAUGAAAAAGAAAAUUCGUCUACGUAUUUAAUUAAUGUUGAAAAUAAAUAUCUUAUGAAAUUAUUUUCACAUUCAUCUAUUUCACUUGAACAAUUACAAACGAUUUUAUUAUCAUGUCAAUUUAAUGGAACAAUUCUUGAUAGAUCUAUUAAUCAAUCUUAUAUUGUUAUUUUUAAUAAUAAUUUUUCAUCAAAUAAACAAAUAGGACAUUUUUUAGGACAAUGGCGUUUACAUACACGUAUAAAUCUUAAAAUAUUAUGGAAAAAUCCAUAUGAUAAUGAUUGGUUUAAUCAACAAUAUGCAUCUAUAAUUAAUAAAAAAAAAAAUAAUUAUCCAUUUUUUCUAUCAAAUUUAUAUACAUGUCAAGAAAAAAUUUCAAUUAUAGAAGAAAAUCAAUUAGAAUUUGGUCUUUUAUGGACUAAUAAUCAACAAUCAUUUUAUAUUAUGGAUUUAAUUUUUUAUUUUCUAAAAAAUUUUGAUUUAUUUAUUGAUAAUAUUAAAGAAAUUAUUAAUGCAUAUGAAGAAAUUAUUCAAUUAACAAAUGAUGAAAUCAAUUUUUUAGAUACAUUUAUACGUUUACAAUUAGUUUUAUUAUUAAAUAAUCAAGAUAAUAAUAUUGAUGAUGAUAAACAAUUAGAUUUACUUGAACAACUUUCUUCAAAUGUUUUUUUUAUUCGAGAUCUAAUCAGAUGA